UGUAGCACUUUUUCUUCUUGAGCCACAUAUAUACGGUCAUGGAUUUGAACAAGGUGUGCCUCUUAGCCUUACUUGUUGCACUACUAAGCAAUACAGGCAAUGCAGCUCGCCAUCUUCUUGAUACUCCGGUGGCUCCAACAACACCAACUAUUCCGAAUAUACCCACUAUACCGACUAUUCCGACAACCCAAAUUCCUCCAUUGCCAUCUCUACCAAAGCCUACAAUACCAGGAUUAGUUAUUCCAACAAUGCCAGCAGCUACAUUGCCUCCUAUUCCAUCUAUUCCAUUGCCAACCAUGCCUACUAUUCCAAAGAUUUUUCCCCCAUUGCCUUCUAUUCCAAAUGUUAUUCCUGGUAUUCCUACUAUUCCUGGUUUUAAGAUGCCACCUUUGCCUUUCUUCUCACCACCUCCUGCUACUACUAGUCCUUGAACUAUUAUUUGAUUUGCAUGGUAUGAGAUUGGCUUGUAUUGAUUUGGUGAUGUUUGAGCUUUAUUAUUUAGUGUGGUUGUACUUGUGUUUUAAUUAGUGUAUACUGUUUAGGCAUGUGUGUUACUUGAUUUAUUUGAAUGUGGUCUCAUUUAUUGUAAAAGUUUUUUUUUUAUUCAUACCUAUUAAUAAUAUUAUUUCCUAUU